AUGGGUUAUCGAGACCGUCUCAUUAGCACCUCGAUCCUACGCGCUAUCUUCAGGACCAAACCCUCCCAGGAUGACACAGAAGCAAAUGAAGAAGCGCGACCCGGCCUGCUUACGCGUAUUUUGGCCUUUUUCACAUUCUUCAAUCUCACGCUUGCGAGAUACCGCGCAGGACUAUUCAAGAAAAUGAGAAAUGAGACCUGGGGUAUCGAAGAGGAGGAGUAUGUGGAGAGCUUCCGCAGUCCGAGUAAGAAUAAGCGAACGGACCUGGUUGCUGUUGGAGAUUUGGGCUACUCUGGAUCGACCUUCUUCACUACGCCCAACUCCAAGUACCUGAUCAAAUCCCUGCCCCGAAAAUUCGAGCAAUCCUUCUUUCGCCAGCGUCUCCUCGAUCCUUAUGUCGAGCACAUGGAGCUGAACCAAAACUCCCUUCUCGUCCGGAUAACCGACCUCCUAUACUGCCAAACCUACACCAUGGGAACGGCAAUCGGUACUGCACCUAGCCAUCACAUGAUUAUGGAAAACAUUUUAUAUGGAAAAUCCAGCUGCAGCAAGAACCAACAGAAGCAAUGGGAAACAUACGACCUCAAGCCAAACGACUACUUCUACCCUGAGCGAGAUGUGGCAGGUGGCAGGCUAGCUCCGGAGAGUGUGAAGGAGCGCCUCAUCGAUGAGUUCGACGACAAGGUCCGGGUGACAAUCGACCAAAAAGAGGAGCUAGUAUCGCAGCUGUCUCAAGACUCCAAGAUUCUACAAGAGAACAACGCAGUCGAUUACUCUCUGUUCCUGGUACGCUAUCCAGCCGACCUGAAUUCGUCCGACAGCGACAAGAUUCCCACCCCACCAGGCCGCGGUUCCUCCUGGCGCAAUGGCGUGGUAUCGCGCGAUGGCAAGUGGGUUUAUCGAGCCAUCAUCCUGGACUUUUUCUGGGCGAAAGACGCACUGCAAGCACAGACUCUUACGGGCCUGGUGAAGUUCUUCAACUUUGUGAAAUGGGGUAAGGACCAUGGCCCGAUGAGCAUUACUACGACCAGCGAGGAGUAUAGGCAGAGGUUCCUCGGUAUGGUCGAGGACAUGGUCGAAGUCCCGGAUAGCGCAGGACGACCUUCAGGCGAGCUGCGGAGUCCGCCACCCCACCUGGGGUGAAGAGUAACCACGAUAAGAGGUCGAGCGCUUUCUAUGCUAGGUUGAGAUUGUCAUUUGUCAUUUAGCGAUGGAGUUUUUUGCCUUUGAGGAUAUAAGAUACCCAUAUACUGUAAUGCUUCAUCGCCGCGUAGAACAGACAUGUCGCAAGCUACGUGAACAGCUUAGCC